AUGUCAACCGACCAUGAUUUCCCCUGGGAUAUCGGCAUCUACGAUGCCCAUUGUCACCCCACAGACACAAUGGCCUCCAUCGCCAGCAUCCCCAACAUGAAGGCCCGCUCACUGACCGUCAUGGCCACACGAGGAGAAGACCAAAACCUAGUACAACAAAUCACACAAUCUAUAAAUUCUCAAGAAUCAUCCGAGGCAUUAGACCGGAUAGUUCCCUGCUUUGGAUGGCAUCCAUGGUUCUCGCACCAGAUCUUAGACGACACCCCUCAAUCGUCCAAUAUAAAUUCGCAAGACAUAUCUACAGAACAGAAAGAAGCACAUUAUACAGCAGUCUUGACACCGUCUCCAGCCGAAGAUCCAGACUUCUUGAAGUUUUUACCAACUCCAAAGCCCCUCUCCAAGCUUAUCGCCGAGACAAGGGAGAGACUGAAAUCAUCUCCCUAUGCCCUCGUCGGAGAGAUAGGUCUGGAUAAAUCAUUCCGACUCCCCAGUGCCUGGACAACACAGGAACUAGACAAUCGCGAUGACCAGAUCACACCUGGAUCUCGGGAGAACCGACGACUCUCCCCAUAUAAAGUGAAAACGGAGCAUCAGAAAGCAGUGCUUGGAGCCCAGCUCCGGCUUGCGGGGGAGAUGCAGCGGGCGGUCUCGGUGCACAGUGUACAAGCACACGGGGCCGUGUUCGAUACAUUAAAGGGAUUAUGGGCUGGACAUGAAAAGGUUGUCAUGUCGCGACGGGAUAGAGAGAAGCGUAAGGAUGCGGAGGGGGCACUUUCAGAAGAUGAGGAUGCUGGAGAUGAACAUACAUCCUCGCCGCUGCCGUUUCCUCCGCGCAUUUGUAUGCAUUCUUACUCUGGGCCUGUAGAGCCUCUUCGGCAGUUCUUGAACAAGACGAAUCCGUCUGAUGUUUACUUCUCUUUCUCAUGCUUGAUUAACUUCUCCGGGGCAGGGGCUGGGAAGGUUAUUGAUGUGGUCAAGAUGUUACCGGAGGACCGUAUUUUGAUUGAGAGUGAUCUUCACACUGCGGGGCCGCAAAUGGAUGAUCUACUGGAGCAGGUGGCUCGUCAAAUUUGCGAAGUGCGUGGCUGGGAGUUACGGAAGGGUGUUCAGCAACUUGCGGAUAAUUGGAAGCGGUUUGUGUUUGGUUGA